GCGGGCGGGGGACUGGUAUAAAGCAGCAGAUGCCUGUACCCGCUCCACCUCACACGCAGUGCCUGCCUGAGUCUGUUCUGCCCCCUCCUCACCCAGUUCCCCUCCACCAUGACACCAGGCAUCCAGUCCUCUUUCUUCCUGCUGCUGCUGCUCCCAGUGUUUACAGCUAUGACAAUUGGUCAAUCCUCAAUAGUUUCUACAGAUUCUGGCCACACGAGCUCCAGCCCAAGCAGAGAAACAGAGACUUUGUCUACCCAAAGCCAUACACCGUCCAGCUUUACUGAGAGAACUGCUGUGAGCACAACCAGCAGUUUAUACUCCAACCUCAGUUCUGGUUCAGGCUCCACCACCGCUCCGGUCUCCGAUGUCACCACGGCCCCAGCCACCAGCCCAGCCUCAGACUCCACCACCUCUCCGGUCUCCGAUGUCACCACAACCCCAGCCACCAGCCCAGCCUCAGGCUCCACCACCUCUCCGGUCUCCGAUGUCACCACAACCCCAGCCACCAGCCCAUCCUCAGGCUCCACCACCUCUUCGGUCUCCGAUGUCACCACAACCCCAGCCACCAGCCCAGCCUCAGGCUCCACCACCUCUCUGGUCUCCGAUGUCACCACAACCCCAACCACCAGCUCAGCCUCAGGCUCCACCACCUCUCCGGUCUCCGAUGUCACCACAACCCCAGCCACCAGCCCAGCCUCAGGCUCCACCACCUCUCCGGUCUCCAGUGUCACCACAACCCCAGCCACCAGCCCAGCCUCAGGCUCCACCACCUCUCCGGUCUCCAGUGUCACCACAACCCCAGCCACCAGCCCAGCCUCAGGCUCCACCACCUCUCCGGUCUCCGAUGUCACCACAACCCCAGCCACCAGCCCAGCCUCAGGCUCCACCACCUCUCCGGUCUCCGAUGUCACCACAACCCCAGCCACCAGCCCAGCCUCAGGCUCCACCACCUCUCCGGUCUCCGAUGUCACCACAACCCCAGCCACCAGCCCAGCCUCAGGCUCCACCACCUCUCCGGUCUCCAGUGUCACCACAACCCCAGCCACCAGCUCAUCCUCAGGCUCCACCACCUCUCCGGUCUCCGAUGUCACCACAACCCCAGCCACCAGCCCAGCCUCAGGUUCCACUACCUCUUCUCUGGUCUCCGAUGUCACCAUGGCCCCAGCCACCAGCCCAGCCUCAGGCUCCACCACCUCUCCGGUCUCUGAUGUCACCACAACCCCAGCCACCAGCCCAGCCUCAGGCUCCACCACCUCUCCGGUCUCCGAUGUCACCACAACCCCAGCCACCAGCCCAGCCUCAGGCUCCACCACCACUUCAGCCCGAGAUGUCACCUUGCCCUCAACCAAGAGUUCUACAUCAGGUUCAGCUUCCACUCUGGUGCACAAUGGCACCUCUGCCAAGGCUACCAUAACCCCAGUUGGCAAGAGUACUACAUCUUCAAUUCCCAGCCACCACUCUGAUACUCCCACCACCCUUGCCACCCACAGCACCAAAACUAUUGCCAUUAGCACUCACCAUAGCACAGUACCUUCUCCCACCUCCUCCAAUCAUAGCACUUCCUCCCAGCUGUCCACUAGGGUCUCUUUCUUCUUCCUAUCUUUUCACAUUUUGAACCUCCAGUUUAAUUCUUCCUUGGAAAAUCCCAGUACGAACUACUUCCAAGAGCUGCAGAGAAACAUUUCAGAAUUGUUUUUGCAGAUUUACAAAGAAAAGGAUUUUCUGGGCAUCUCUUAUAUGGAGUUCAGGCCGGGAUCUGUGGUGGCAGAAUCAACUCUGGCCUUCCGAGAGGGUUCCACCAGUGUCCAGGAUGUGGAAAAUCAGCUUCUUCAGCAUCUGAAAACAGCAGCCAAAUAUAACCUGAAUAUCACAGGAAUCAGUGUGCAAAGUGUGCCGAUUCCUUCCUCUGCCCAGUCUCCGUCUGGGGUACCAGGCUGGGGCAUCGCCCUGCUGGUGCUGGUCUGUGUCCUGGUCACGCUGGCCAUCAUCUAUCUCAUUGCCCUGGCUGUGUGUCAGUGCCGUCGAAAGAACUAUGGGCAGCUGGACAUCUUUCCAACCCGGGAUGCCUACCAUCCUAUGAGCGAGUACCCCACCUACCAUACCCACGGACGCUAUGUGCCCCCUGGCAGUAGCCAUCGUAGCCCCUAUGAGGAGGUUUCUUCGGGCAACGGUGGCAGCAGCCUCUCUUACACGAACCCGGCAGUGGCAGCCACUUCUGCCAACUUGUAGGGGCAUGUCACCAGCUGAGCUGAGCAGCCAGCCAGUGCCAGUCUGCCCCCCUCAGGUUCUCCACCGCCAGAGUCCUGCCACUCUGUUCUGGGCUGGUGAGCUGGGUGGGCUGCUCCAGGCUUCCCUCAGAGGCCCCACCAAGUUCCCUAACCCUUCUGGGCCUGGUGGAGCCCAUCCUUGCCCCUGGGGGAUAUGCCUGGGGAGCGGUGCAGUGGUGGCUCCCCGAGGGAGGAUGGGCCCACAAAGCCCAGAGAUGGGGGUGGGAACCUAAACACGGCUGAAUAAAACGUGGCCUCCCGCUGGGCCAACUUCUGAUCCUUCA